GGUUUAAUUACAUAUUUCUUUUUUUAUUUAGCUUGCUACCCCUCCAUCCCACCAUCCACGACCCCACUAAGAUCGCAUCUCUAUUUUUGACUUCUACACAUCUAGGCAAGCCGCAAUAUAUGAAUCAUAUCCAAAGUAAACGGCCAUGGUGUAAUUUACUAGUUCAUUAUACAUAAUCCAAAGGCGCAUUGGGUACCUAUCUAGAGUAUAACACUCAUUAACUGGGCUCAUACGUGACGACCCAAGAUGGACUCAGCAGAAGAGAACGGAGCUCAGCUCCCCCAGCCCCAAAUCCACCCCCUCAAGCUCUUCGACAUCGCCCGAUCCGAACAGCGCCUGCUCUACGCCUGCGCGCCCAUGGUGCGCUACAGCAAGCUCGCCUUCCGGCAGACGGUGCACCGCUUCGGCACGGACCUGUGCUGGACGCCCAUGAUCCUCGCCAAGGAGUUCAACCGCAGCGCCGUCGCGCGCGACAGCGACCUCACCGUCGAGGGGCAAAGGGGGAACGAGGUCCCGACCAUAGCCCAGUUCGGUGCCAACGACCCCGUCGAGCUCUCCCGCGCCGCCUCCCUCGCCGCCCCCUUCGUCAACGGCGUCGACCUCAACUGCGGCUGCCCCCAGAGCUGGGCCUGCGCCGAGACCCUGGGCGCCGCGCUCAUGAACCGCCGCGAGCUGGUGCGCGAUAUGGUGGUCGCGACGCGGGAGCGGUUGGCGCGCGAUGGCUGGGACGUACGCUUAGAUAGUAGUUUCACCCGCGACCACAAUAACGACAACGGUGGUGGUGGUGAUGAUGAUGAUAGUGGUGAUAGGCGCAAGGUGGGGCGCAGCGUCAGCGUCAAAAUCCGCGUGCACAAGGACCUGCGGCAGACGGUCGACUUCAUCACGGCCGUCCUGGGCGACGAGCACCGCCGCAACAUCGACUGGCUGACGAUCCACCCGCGCACGCGGAACACACCCAGCAGCGUCCCCAUCAAUGUCGAGGCCCUCGAGCUGCUCACGUCUAUGUUCGGCAAGAAGCUGCCCGUCCUUGUGUCGGGGGAUGUGUUCACCUUGUCCACGCUGCCGUAUACCUCGCACCUCUUGGAUCCUCAGCCUACAUUCACCACCACCACCGAUUCCAACUCCAACCCUAACUCCAACCUUACCAACGGCUCUCCAGCCAAGCAGCCCAAGAUCAACAUCCCCAACCUCUCAGGCCUCAUGUCGGCGCGCGCGCUCCUCGCAAACCCGGCGCUCUUCGCCGGGCACGACUCCUGCCCCUGGGAGGCCGUCGACGUGUUUAUGAACAACGUGGCGCGCGCUCCCCUGCCCCUAAAGCUAGCGGUCCACCACCUGAACGAGAUGUGCGGGCCCGGCUUCGGCCCCGACCGCAACGCCGCCCUGCUGACGAAGAAGGAGCGCAUACGCCUCAACGAGAUUGGGAAUUGGAUCGACGUCGUCGAUUACAUGGAUGAGAUCAGGAGGAAUCGGGUGGGAGGUGGAAGUGGUGUUGUGCGGUUUGCUUGAGAGGAAAAGAAAAAGGAAAAAAAAAAGGAAAAGAAUAUUGAAAUAUUGGGAUGGACGGUAUAUAUAAGAUAGGUAACGGGAUAGAUGCGUGUGUACAUUUUCCGGGAAGACAUACAUAGGAGGUAGG